AUGUCUGAUCGCUAUCAACUAUGGGGCGGAUGUUUCCAAGAACAGCCUUCGGAAGUUCUGCGUCGGUUAAAUGACUCUUUGCCUGUCGAUGUACGGCUGUACCGACAGGAUAUCCGAGGAAGCCAAGCGUGGGCGCGAGAAUUAAAUCAAUCUGGCUUUAUUUCGAAUGAUGACUACAAAGCUAUUCGCGAUGGCUUGACAAAAGUUGAAGCUGAAAUAACAGAAGAAUUGUGCAAAGACGGUCGCCUAAGCGACGAAGAGGAAGACAUCCAUUCGGUGAUAGAACGGAGGUUACAAACGCACGCUGGUGACGCAGCUUUGCGACUUCACACUGCCCGAAGUCGCAACGAUCAAUCCGCAACAGAUACACGACUAUGGAUGAUGAAUUCUUUACCACAAAUUUUCAACGAAAUCAAACAGCUUAUCAUGAUUUUAGUAAAUAGAGCAGAAAAUGAAAUUGAUAUAAUAAUCCCUGGUUAUACACACUUGCAACGCGCUCAACCUAUACGUUGGAGUCAUUUUUUACUAAGUUACGCGUGGAUGCUGCACGAUGACGUAACGAGGUUAGAAGAGCAAUGGAGUCGCUUGGCCCGGUGUCCCCUUGGUAGUGGUGCACUGGCAGGUUGUGCCCUAGCCAUUGAUCGAGUCCGACUGGCUCGUAACUUAGGCUUCACGGAUUGCACGCCGAACUCGUUACUCGCUGUCGGCUCUAGAGAUCACAUCGUGGAGUUCCUGAACUGGUCAUCAAUGUGCGGUUUGCAUCUUAGCAGACUAGCGGAAGACAUGAUACUUUACGGCUCCCAAGAAUUUGGCUUGGUUAAGUUCUCUGAUCAAUACUCAACUGGGUCCAGUUUAAUGCCACAGAAAAGGAAUCCCGAUGGCUUAGAGCUUAUAAGGGGAGCUGCAGGUCUUCUGCUUGGCGACGCCUUCGCGUUCAGUUGCGUAUUGAAGGGACUGCCCAGUACUUAUAACAAGGACUUGCAGUCUGAUAAAGAGAUUCUAUUUAAAUCUUAUGACAAGUUGUUGGACUGCUUUAAAGUUGCAAGCGGAACUAUGAAAACUAUGGCGGUUAAUCCCGAUCGAGGGGUAGCAUUAUUGGAAUCGAGCAUGCUGGCGACGGAUUUGGCUCACUCACUGGUACGAAGAGGUGUUCCAUUCCGCCGCGCUCAUCACGUCGUGGGCACUGUGCUGCAGCGCGCUGCAACCCUCUCAGUCGACCUCAGAUGCAUGCCGCAUCAAGAGUACAUCGCUAUCUGUCCCGAAUUUGGAAGUAUGGAAGACAUCGAAAAACUUUUCUCAUGGGAAUCAAGCGUGGAACAAUAUACCAGCAUAGGAGGAACCAGUAAAAGUUCAGUUAAUCAACAAAUAGCACAGUUAAACAACUGGUUACAAUCGAAGCAAUCAUUU